UAUGUUGUAUAAAGCUUUCGUAUUUGUUUUACUGUUUAACUUUUUAAAUGCAAAAGAAUCUGGCUUGCCGGACAUUCUUCCUCUUAUCUUAUAUGGUGAUGAGGUGAGGAUAGAGAACCAUCCAUACUUCGCUGGUUUGGUCGACUGCGGCGCGGCUAUAAUCUCCGACAGAUAUCUGCUAACUGCUGCCCAUUGUGUUGAAGAUUCUGAAACUAAAGAAAACGCAAACAUAGUAUUCGUCGGUGGAGAAACAGAGCAGAACAGCCAGAUAGUGCACUAUGAUGAUGUAAUAAUACACAAGGAUUAUCAGCUAAUUCUGAACGUGCCAUUCAACGACAUUGCCAUCUUGCGACUGUCGAAACCCUUGAAGUUCUCUAAAAAGGUCCAGCCUUUAAAAUUACCAAGACAAAUGAAUACUAACUCGAAUUUGACGUUCGUUGGCAGGGGCCUUGGAGAGGAUGGAGAAGCAACAAAAGAAUUAUUAAAGAUGGACGUCAGAAGGUUAACAACACAAGAAUGUGUUUCACAUAUACCUCCACAAUAUCACUUCUUUGUAUAUGCAUUCAAAGACGAGUUGGAGAAAAUGAGCAUCUGUGCAAAGAGAUCGAAUAACCUUCCUGGAGUAUGCUUUGGUGAUUCUGGCAGUCCCUUAACUGAUGGUAACGUGUUGGUCGGGUUGGCAUCAUUCAUUGGAAAUACAUGUGAUUCAGCCCGUCUAGGGUUCUACGUCAAUGUAGCUUUUUAUGCUGAUUGGAUUAGACAUGUUACUGGUUUGCAGUAAAAGUUUGUCGAAGGAUUGAGGAGCACUUAGUUACAUUUUAUACUUCAUAUCGUUUUCUAUAUUCAAAUGUUACAUUUAUAUUUUUUUAAUAAUAAAAGUUUUAGGGAA